AAAUCACGACCUGAUGCGAUGAUUAAUUGCUUUUCUUUUGAUUCUAUGAAUUUUUUCGCCCUGUACUACUAGUUCAAUUCAUUAUCGAUAAUAGAGUAAAUAAUACCGUGCGAGUUUUUGAGAUAAGCAGAUCCAGUGGUCGUGCUUUGGAACUUGUAAUACAUACUUAAGUUUGAGAAUGGCGAAAUAUGUAAAAUUUACAAAAUUGAGGUCUUCUACGGACAGCACCUUCUGGGCAAAAUUUGUGGAAUUGAAGAUUGACAAAUUCAAACUUGAUGAGAAAAGUGUCAAUCUAUGGGGAAAUUACAGUCUCCAAUCGUUAAACGAAGACAACACCAAUCCAUUGGUGUUGGAUUUCACAUCGUUCAAUGAAGACUUGGAGACAUUAAAUAAUAAUUCAUCGGUUCUCUGCUUUGGACAUAUGAUUAAUACAAAUACUUUUGAAGCAUUUCGUCAAAUUAAUCCUGAACAAUUCAUCGAUUCCAUGGGAAAGGAUAUUAUAAAUAAUAUUCAAGAUGGAACAAUAUUGCAAAACCCAUGGAAAUUGUCAUUAUUUUUAGUCUUGGCUUAUUCAGAUUUAAAAAAAUACAAAUUUUAUUAUUGGGUUGCACAUCCCACUCUAUUGAAAUUGCCUGAAAUGUAUUAUCAAGAAUCUCCACAAUCAAUUAAUGAAGAAUUCACAGCCAGACAAGUAGAAGAUUUGUGUCAACAUUUUUUACAAUUAGAUAGCAGGACAAAAAGUUAUUUUACAGUUUUAAUAUCAAAAGAAGGUAAACUGAGUAUUAUUGACUUAGCAACAGGAGUAGAAAUAAUUAAUGCAAGGGAAAAGCAAUCACAAGAAUAUAGUGAAAUAUAUUUUGCAUUUUAUGACCCAUGUACGACUUUCAAUCCAGGUUGGCCUUUACGUAAUCUUUUAUGCCUUUUAUGUUGGCAUUGUCCUAUACAUUAUUUUUCAAAAAACAUUAAAUUCAUAUCCAUACGAGGGAAUAAAGCACAGAAAAGUAUUGUUUUUAAACUUAAGACCAAAGAAUACGAAAAUUAUAAGGACAUAAGAGAUGCUCUAUUUAUGAGUCAUCUGGUGGGCUGGGAAAGCAACUCGAACGAUAAAUUGGGUCCCACCAUAGUUAAUUUAUCUGAUACAAUGGAUCCAACCAAAUUGUCAGACAGAGCUAUCAAUCUGAACUUGAAGCUAAUGAAAUGGCGUCUUGCUCCUGACCUAGAUUUAGAAAAGAUCUGUAAUCUUAAGUGUCUUUUAUUAGGCGCUGGAACCUUAGGUUGUUCAGUAGCAAGAGUUCUCCUAGGUUGGGGAGUUAAUAACAUAACUUUCGUCGAUAGCUCCAACGUAUCUCAUAGCAACACAGUGCGACAAAGUUUGUACAGUCACCAGGAUGCUGUGAAGCAUAAGUAUAAAGCAUAUGCAGCUAAGGACGCUCUAUUGAACAUCCGACCGAGCAUAAAUGCAGAAGGUGUAGUUUUACACAUUCCAAUGCCCGGGCAUGUUGUUGGUAAAAGUAUGCUGGAUUCUACGAAGCAGUCCUUGGAAAAAUUGGAAGAACUUGUCGAGAAGAGCGACGUUGUCUUUCUUCUAUUGGAUUCUCGAGAGGCCAGGUGGUUACCUACGGUUCUCUGCGCUGCUAAGAACAAGAUUGCCAUCAAUGCAGCCUUGGGUUUUGAUUCUUAUACAGUACAGAGGCAUGGUACUCGAAAUUUCACUAGUCCAGUUUCACCAGACUUGGAUGCUAAGAAUCCCCGCGGUGUGGACCUCGGUUGCUAUUUUUGUAACGAUGUAACACAGCCUGGAAAUUCACAAACUGACAGAACAUUGGAUCAGCAAUGCACAGUUAGCAGGCCGGGUUUAUCACAGAUUGCUGCAGGAUUAGCAGUCGAGUUAUUAGUAGCUUCAUUGCAGCACUCUCAAGGAAUCGAGGCAGAAGCGUUGGUGGGUAACAGCAGAGAUAAUAUUAGCCCAAGCGAUACAGAAUUGGUAGGCUUGUUGGGAUGUAUACCACAUACGAUACGAGGUUCCCUGUGGAAUUACGAUACUCAGUUAACGAUUACUCAUAGAUUUACAUCGUGCACAGCUUGCUCUGUGCCUAUUAUCGCGGAAUAUAAAAAUCGGGGUUUAUCUUUUGUUUUGGACGCGUGUAAUAUACCGAAUUAUUUAGAAAAAUUAUCAGGACUGGAGCAAAUACUUAAAAGGCCCGAUUUAGACGAGCUUUGUUACGCGUUGGAUAGCAUAAGCGAUGACGAUGACGAUGAUGGAAAUGAUGUGAUACCUUAAAUAUGCGAAUUUUUCUCUUUAACAAAGUUCUAGUUCUUGUAAUACAAUAUUUAAAGAAUUCAAUUUUACCACAUAAAAAGCAUUGGAAGAAUUUAUAAUGUAAUAUCCAUAUCCGUUAAUUGCAAUCGCUUUAUUUUAAUUUUUUUAUCAUUAUGUUGACAUUUGACAUUAAUAUAUGUCAAAAUCUCAUUACAAGAUAUAUCUUAUUACGCACAUGACUUGUAUAUACAGAUUUUAUGCAAAUAUUAGAAGAGUAUACAAGACGUUACGCCUCUGAAUUUGUUUUUAACGCUAAAUGUGUUGAAUAAAACAUUUGAAUUGCCUGAAAACUAAAA